GAGACGAAUCAGCUAAAGAACCAUGUUGAUCAGAGUAUUUUGUGUCUUGAGUAUUGUGGCUAUUGUUGCUGAAACUGGUGAUUACAAACCAAAAACCCCUCCACCUAAAACAACAACAACAACUGAGCCAACAAUAACUAUAAAACCUCCAACUUAUCCACCAAUUUACCCACGAUGUUGUGGAAAAAAUGAAUUUUAUCUUCCUCCACAUAUAGGUUACGUAUGUGACGUCUAUUGCAAUGACAUUGGAAAGGAAUGUCUCAAAAACUUUGACAUUCUUGAAACUCGUAGAUGUUUUUGCUUGCCUGGAUUUUGUAGAAAUAAAUUCGGCGAUUGUAUAUCGUUUUAUGAUGCUUUCGUUAAGUGCUAUUGAUUGCACAUAAAUAAAUUGUAUUUAAUUUUAAGAAAAGAAUGUAUGUAUGUACAUAUAAAUAGCGAUUUGUACUUGAAAAUGUAUUAUGAUUAAAAUAGUUGUUUGUUUAAAAAGACGAAAUAAAUAAAA